AUGCCGCCCAAAAAGGGAGCGGAGCAACCCAAGAAAAAGAAGCAAACGGUCGAGGACAAGACCUUUGGUAUGAAAAAUAAAAAAGGUGGCGUAGCCCGGAAACAGAUCGCCCAGCUGCAAGCCCAGGCCAAGAACAACAAGAGCGCCGAGGAGAAGCGGAAGGAAGCAGAGAAGGCCCGGCGAGCGGCGGAGAAGAAGGCGGCCGAGCAGGCCCGGAAGGAGGCGGCGGAGCUGUUCAAGCCCGUGCAGACACAAAAGGUGCCCUUUGGCGUCGACCCCAAGACGGUGCUGUGCGUGUUCUACAAGCAGGGCAAUUGCGACAAGGGCAACAAGUGCAAGUUCAGCCAUGACCCGAGCGUGGAGCGGAAGUCGGAGAAGAAGGACAUCUACCAGGACACGCGCGAUCUCGACAAGGAGAAGCUCAACGACACGAUGGACAAGUGGGACGAGGAGAAGCUGCGCAAGGUGGUGCUGAGCAAGCACGGCAACCCGCGCACGACGACCGACAAGGUCUGCAAGUACUUUAUCGAGGCGGUCGAGAAUAAGAAGUACGGCUGGUUCUGGACGUGUCCGAACGGCGGCGACAAAUGCAUGUACCGGCAUGCGCUGCCACCGGGCUUCGUCCUCAAGACUAAAGAGCAGAAAGCCGCAGAAAAGGCGGCGAUGGAAAAUUCGCCUCUGAAUGCGCUCACCCUGGAGGACUGGCUCGAGUCGGAACGGCACAAGCUGCAGGGCCCCCUGACGCCCGUGACCCCGGAGACGUUCGCGGAAUGGAAGAAGAAGCGUCUGGACAAGAAGGCGGCGGAGGAAGAGGCGCGCAAGAUGAAGGAAGCGACCGGUCGGAUGCUGUUUGAGAGCGGCAACUGGCGUGCGGAGGACGACAGUGACGGCGAAGGCGAGCGCGGCAUAUGGAAUCUAGAAGCGCUGCGCCGGGAGACGGAGCGACUGCGCGAGCAGAGGGAAGAAGAGCGCCUUGCGAGGAUGUACGGUGGUGGCAGCAGUACCACCGACGCUGCAGGAAACGAGACCAGCGAGGCCGUUGCCCAGGAGGGCGCAGGAUGA